AUGCCUCCCAAACUAACUAGUAGCGAUCUUGGUAAUUUUGAUAAGUACAUUGAGCAGCUUUGGUAAUGCAAGCCAUUAGCUGAAAACGAUGUAAAAAUAUUGUGUGAUAAGGUCAAAGAAAUUUUAGCUGAAGAAAAUAAUGUAACUACAGUAAAAGCACCUGUGACCGUUUGCGGUGAUAUCCAUGGCUAAUUCCAUGAUUUGAUUGAACUGUUCAGAAUAGGCGGUAAACCUCCUGAUACUAACUAUCUUUUCAUGGGUGAUUAUGUAGAUAGAGGUUCAAAUUCAGUAGAAACAGUAUCCUUAAUAUUCUCAUUAAAAGUACGCUUUAAAGAUCGUGUAACUAUUUUGAGAGGUAAUCACGAAAACAGAGAAAUCAAUAAGAUUUAUGGUUUUUAUGAUGAAUGCUACAAAAAGUACGGCAACGAAAAUGUUUGGAAAUACUUUACUGACGUUUUCCUCUAUCUCCCUCUUACUGCCUUAAUUGAAUCUCAGCUUUUCUGUUUACAUGGUGGUUUGUCUCCAGCUAUUGAAAAUCUUGACCAAAUUCGUUCUCUUAAUCGUUUCUAAGAACUCCCUCACGAAGGUCCUAUGUGUGACCUUUUAUGGUCAGAUCCUGAUGAUUAAAGAACUGGUUGGGGUCUUUCUCCUAGAGGUGCAGGAUGGACUUGGGGUCAUGAUAUCACUGAAAAAUUCAUUCACUAAAAUAAAUUAAAGCUCAUUGCCAGAGCUCACUAACUUGUUAUGGAUGGAUAUCAGCAUGUUCAUAAUAAAAAGUGUGUAACUAUUUUCUCAGCACCAAAUUAUUGUUAUAGAUGUGGUAAUUAGGCUUCAAUUAUGGAAGUUGACGAUGGUCUUAAGCUAAACUAUAUGUAAUUCGAACCUGCUCCUAGAACAAACGAACCUCAUGCUUCUCGUAGAGUUCCUGACUAUUUCCUUUGA